AUGGCAUCUGCAUUAAACACGAUUAAUGCUUUGCACGCAGAGGAAGGCGCUCAACAUGAUACAUUGAAAGAUGCCAACAAGGGUCACAGAACUGCGGAACAUGUUGAAAACAUAAUGACAGACGAAGCUCGACCAGCCAUUAGUGAUGGCACAAGAAAGCCGCUCGCAGACAUGGAAGAGCCUGCGCUUGACGGUGGCCUUCGAGCUUGGUUGCAGGUCGCUGGCUCUUUUCUGAUCUUCUCCAAUAUAUGGGGCUUUACAUUCUCAUUCGGUGCCUUCUCGGCGUUUUACGAAAUCACGUACCUGCCAUCGACAUCGGCAUCAACAGUCGCAUGGAUCGGUACAAGUUCCAAUUUCCUCCUCAUCUUUGGCGGUAUCCUCAGUGGUCCUCUCUUUGAUCUCGGAUAUUUUCGCACCAUGUUACUUGCAGGUGCCUUUAUUGAGACGCUGAGCAUUUUUCUUCUAAGCCUAUCUACCAAGUACUACCAGAUUCUCCUGACGCAGGGCAUUCUAGUUGGCUUGGGAAACUCCUUACUAUACAUGCCUGGGCUUGCGCUCAUCGGCCGCUCCUUCAACAAGCAUCGUUCAGCGGCAAUGGCAGUUGCUACUUGCGGUGCUCCCAUUGGAGGCAUCAUCUUCACGUUGGUUUUCCAGCAACUCAUUGAACAACUGAGCUUCGGCAAUACUGUCCGGAUCUGUGGAUAUAUCGUCCUCAUCUGUUAUUUGAUCUCUUUUCCAUUGCUUCUUUGGGGUGUGCACAAUGUCGGUAGCCUCGGGCAAGGAGAGAAGCGAAAGUUGUUCGACGGCAAAGCCUUUCUAGAGUUGCCCUUUGUGCUCUAUACGGCGAGUAAUUUCAUGGUGUUCUUCGGCUAUCUUGUACCGUUUUUCUUCAUGUCAGCUUAUGGUCAGAUUGCACUCGGAAUGAGCUCCUCUGCUGCAAAUGCCACAAUCAUGAUUACGCAAGCUACGUCAAUCAUAGGUCGGCUAGCUGCCGGCUACUCUGCCGCCAGGAUUGGCAACAUGAUACAAUGGGCAAUUUGCGCUCUAGGAAGUGGAGUCCUUUGUAUUGGAUGGAUUGGUAUUCAUUCGUCGGGGACUUUUUACUUGCUUGUUGCCCUCUAUGGUUUCUUCAGCGGCCCUCUUAUUUCGCUUCCGCCCAGCGCUUUUGCAACCGUUUGCCCUGACCCCAAGGUGUUCGGCACAAGACUGGGCAUGGCUUCGGCGCUGGGAGCUUUUGCGAGCUUGAUUGGGAGUCCGAUAGCCGGUGCUCUCACGGGCAGUGCUGCUGGCUCGGCAAAUUUUAUUGGGUUGCAACUUUUUGCUGGGAUAUGCAAAAAGCAACUGGUAUAA